AUGGGCUGCGGCUUGAGGAAACUGGAAGACCCGGAGGACAGCAGCCCCGGGAAAAUUUACUCCACCUUAAAGAGACCACAAGUGGAGACCAAAACGGAUACUGUGUUCGAGUAUGUGCUGCUGGACUUCAGCUUGGAAGGCAGCCGCCCGACCGUCCAGUACGUGGCCUCGCUGUCCGAGCUGCCGCAGGCCCUGCAGCCCUACUACACGCAGGGCUACGUCCUGUCCGCCCUGCACCCCAUCAUCCUGUCUGUGGGCCGGACGCGCUCGCUGCCGUUCAGCCUGCUGUACCGCGCCAUCCUGGCCCGUCCCAGACCCAGUAAGCAGACGGCGUCCAUGUGUCACAGCGUGCCGGUGCUGAGGGUGGAGGAGUGGCCUCUACCUGGAGACUCCCUGACAGGUGACACUGUCAGAGCGCUCAUCGACAGGGUGAACAGCAGCGCCCGAGGGGGCGUUCGAUUCGUCGGCUCGGUCCUCCAGCAGGUGAGCGGCAUCACAAACGGCAGGGUGCACAGUCCGAAGAGGGGCUGUCGCUCCCCUCCACGCACCCCUCCCCGAACCCCACCUGGAGACAGAGAGCUGGAGGAGAACACCUACAGUCCAGACCUGAGGCUGCUGGUCUUCUUCCACUCCUGGGCUCCGGGCUGUGCUCCUCUGGACUCGCUGGCCUGUCAGUACCACCAGGGGGCGCUCUCCAUGCGCGUCUCCAGGAAGGGUCAGGUGGUCAGCGCCCUGGAGGCCGACUGGCUGGAGCUGACGGCCGCCUACUACCGCAAGGGCUGGUCGCUGGUGGACUCCUUCGUCUACUGGGACACGCCUAAAGGUGAGCCGGUGCCCAGAUCACUGGAGGGGCUGUUUGUGUAUGAAGAGAGGAGCACCUCUCCUCCCGCCAACGACACCAUCGUGGUGGAGCAGUGGACAGUGAUCGAGGGCUCCAAUGUGAAAACUGACUACGGGCCCCUCCUUCACACUCUGGCUGAGUUCGGUUGGCUGCUCACAUGUGUGCUGCCCACGCCCAUCAUCCGACACGACAGUGACGGGAACCUGGCCACAAAGCAGGUGGUGUUUCUCCAGAGGCCGGUCAGAAGUCAAACAUCUGGACAACAGAGGAACCAGGCUCUGUCGGUGCACGGCGACGUGUCCAGCCGCUCCGUCAGCCGCUCCGUCAGCGGCCCCGUCCCUCCGGAGGAGCUCUCCCCCACCGCGGGAGGCAUCGGGGGGUUCCCCGUGUUCGGAGGGGGGUAUCCCAGCGCCCUGUCCCACCUGGAGGAAGGCGGCUUCGAGCAGGAGGAGGGGAAGGCGGAGGUCACCUGUAUGUGAGGGCGGGAGUUAAGUUCAGGAUUGAUCCGGUGUUGGAUUACCGGAGACGAAACCCGAGGAGAGAGACAUGAACUUUGAUCAUCACGUUGCUUUUUAACAAAGACUUUAAUGUAGAAGAACUCGGCACUUUUAAAAAAAAAAAAAAAAAAGUUUUUAACGAAGCCAUAAUGAGGUUUUAUCAGAAGUGGAAUGCGUCCACACUUUUAUCCAGAUUCGUUGGGGAGAGAAACUUCACACAUGUUUAAAUCGGUUCAGGUCGUCACGAGGGAAAUUAUCACAGUAUUAAAAACAAAAAAGCACAAACACUUUUCUGCACAAGAUGGAAACACCGGUGGUGAAAGGAGGGAAACAGGCUCUCUGGGUUUUUUACCUGAAUCUUUUUCUCUUUUUCUUUUUUGCAUUCCUUCACAGUUUAACACUUUUCUCAUUUGAAAAACAUCCUCACAUCUCUCCUCCUUUUUUUUUUAUUUUUGACACUUGAAGAUGUUUUAACACCUUUUCAUCUCAGCUUGUUGUGUGUGUGAAGGCGACACAGGUCCGGCUCCCUCUCUCUGCUCGUAGCCUGAGGCAGGAUGUGAAUAUUUAUCCGUGUUGCAGUUUCCUGUGCGCGGUGGUACCGACAGUUUGCAGGUGAAGGUUCGUUCAUACAGACGAUGAGAGCGGAGGGUCGUGCAGCUCCGUGUGAAGGAGGCCUGACUGGUGCCGUUUCAUAAUCUUUCUGGAAAUGGUUACGACUCAUCACAUGUUUGAAAGUGUUUUUUUUAAUAUGUGGUCAGCAGUGGUGCUUCAUGUUUAACCUGUUAAUUGCUGCUUAUUGCUCUGCAGCGUGUAUGGUACUGGCUUCAGAAAGUCCCAUAGAAAAGCUCGGGGAAGCGGCUGCACGCUUCUAAAGGACAAGUCUGGUGAUAUUUGGCUCUGCACAAUAUGCAAAAAAAAAAAAAAAAAAAGAAAGUCAUAUUGUGAUUAUUUGGGAAGAUAUUUCAGUUGGAACAGUCGUGUUUGCAUUUUUUCAUUUUCAUGAUGAUGUGAUUUUUACGUCCGGAGGAUAUGAUGAUCUGUCGGCUGGGGGCGUCUCUGUAGCACCACGACACUUACGGUGCUAAAAUGCACAACAAUGAGACACAUUUUACCUUUUUAUCAAAAAAAAUUGCAGCUCCUGAAUUUUUAAAUUUUUUUAAAUUCUUUUUAAUCUUUGCAGCUCCUGCAAUUUGGAUUUUGCACUCGGUCAUAUUGCAAUUUCAAUUAUAUUUCAAUUAAUUGUGCAGCUCUAGUGAUAUUUUAUAACAUAUUAAAUUUGUUUUGUUCGUACUGGUUGGUGUCUGCCAUGUGUAGUGGGGGGGGGGGGGGGGGGGUCGAUAGGGACUUUAUUUUUGAGCUUCUCUCUUUGGGACCGUCCGGGUCUGGAUGGGUCCAGCUGCUCGGCAACGCACCUGCUACUUUCUCUGUGAUGGACGAAGUUCUUCAGAGACAAAUCCAUUGUUGUAUUGAAAUGAUGAUGAUGAUGAUGAUGAUGAUGACAGUAUUUUUUUUUUUUUAAAGGGGAACUCCACUGAUUUUACACUUCAGAAACAAAAGUUUCCUUUAAUAAAUGAAUAAAUAUUAAGAUUUAAAUGGAGCAACUUCUCAAUGGAAAUUCAUGAACUCACUUAAAUAACCGAUUUCUCCUGUAAUUAGCGAUUAGCACCAAACUACAUGUUUUCUCCAGGAAAUAAUGAACCUGUAAAAUGAAACGUUCAGAAGUGCAAAUGUUAAAUCAGUGGAGUUUUCUUUAAACACUAUGAAAGGGAAACAUUUACUUUGUUUAAAGAGGUCACAGUGUUGUUGUAAAUACUUUAGACGUUAGAGUUCAUGACUGCAAAGUUGGGUUUCAACUGAUUGUGAUGCAUGUUCAUUUGUUUUUGAGGAGGAAAGGGAUCAAAUGUAGAGCUGCAACUAAUGACGACUUUCAUUAUCGAUUAAUCUGCUUUUUUUGUUUUUGAUUAACUGUUUUGUCAAUGAAAAUACUCGUUAUAAUUUCCCACAGCCGCGAGGUCACAGCUUCAAUUGUCUCGUUUCAUUUGACCAAACGAAUCCAAAACAUAUUCGAUUUACUAUGUGACCAAAAAAAAAGAAGCUAAUUCCUGUUUGAGAAGCUUGAAAAAAGUUGAAAUAAUUCCUGAUUAAUUGUCGAUUGACUAACCGUAGCAGCUCUAAUCAAAUGCACCAUGAGUGUAGUUUAGGUUUCGCAGGUUUGAGUCAUACAUGUAUGAAGUGGAUGUUUUUAGCUCCAGACUCGUCAGGGUUCAUUAAAUGUCAGUAUUAAUAUUCCAGCUUUUCCUUUUUGGAGAUUUGUACAUUUUGCUUCCUUUAUCAUUGGUGUUUUUUAUUAUUAUUAUUAUUAUUAUUAUUAUUAAACACUUAUUUCCCAUGG